AUGGCAGAUUCUAUACCUUCAUCUAGCUCUGACGCUGCAUAUAGCUCCGACAACGAUACUGAGGUUACUGAGAGCAGUGCUACUACCUAUGCUUAUCUUGCCGACGAUCCCGUUCAUUUCUCUUAUCGGGAUGGUGAUCUCACAUGGACGGGAGCUGUAGGAAUCGAUGGCGGAGUAUCUGGUGGAAAAAUCAAAGGAGAGGAUGUGAUUUGUGUUACGGAGAAUGAGGGAUCAAAUGGUACCGCGGGUUAUACAAUCUUUAGUCUGCUACCGACGGAUGGAGGGGUCAAAAAACUCCCAUUCGAGUUGAAGACAACAUCUGCCACCAACCUCCCCUCAGAAUGUCUCGAAAGUUAUCUUAUUAGGAGUUUGCCAACAUAUCUUCGAUCAGCAGAAACCCAAAUAUAUGUUUUGAUCUCGACAUUAUCCGGGACUGGGUUGGCGCCGGACUUUUACGACGCUGUGUUACGUCAAAUACUCAACUCUAUCGGGUUAACGGAAACGAGCUAUACUUUGAUCAGGACAAAUGAUGCAGAUUCUGUAAAGGCAUUUGCAAGCUCGACAUUAUUGGAUGGUGCAAACAAGGGAAGAAAGCAAUCGAUAUUAAUGUUGAGUGGUGAUGGGGGCAUGGUGGAUACCAUAAAUGGACUGCUUGAGAGCGGGGAAAAGUCGAAUUCAUAUGUCAAACCAACACUAUCUCAACUUCCUCUUGGUACAGGAAAUGCCCUAUUCCAUUCUUUGCACCGACCCUCGCCAAUUCCUUCAAUAUAUAUACAAGGUCUAAGGACGCUUCUUCAUGGUACACCUUUACCGCUUCCAAUUUUCAGCGUAAACUUCUCUUUUGGGGCACGAACCAUAACCAACGAAGGUCAAACAGAGACACCUCUCAAAAAUAAUGUUGUCUAUGGAGCAGUCGUCGCCAGUUAUGGUCUCCAUGCUACUCUUGUUGCCGACAGUGACACAGUCGAAUAUCGAAAACACGGAGAUAAGAGAUUUCACCUGGUAGCUGGCGAUUUACUUUAUCCAAAAGAUGGAGCUCUACCACAUGCUUAUAAAGCUUCCGUCACGUUGACAAGAUCAGAUGGUACGGAAGAACUUAUACACAGAAAAGAGCACGGAUAUAUUCUCUCAGUGUUAGUUUCCAAGCUUGAGCGAACUUUCACAAUUUCUCCUGCUAGUCAACCCCUUGAUGGUCAAUUAAGGGUUGUACAUUUCGGAGCGGCAACUGGUAAGCAAACAAUGAAGGUUAUGGAAGAAGCUUAUAAAGAUGGUAAUCAUAUUGGAAUGCAAUGGGAUGAAGAUGGUCAAAAAGGAGAGGUUGGGUAUGAGAGUAUUGAAAAGUUAAGAAUAGAUUUUGAAGAAUCUGGAGAAGGUUUUAAAUGGAGGAGAUGUUGUGUAGAUGGCUUGAUUGUAGGUGUUGAAGAGGGUGGCUGGAUGGAAGUUGAAAGAUUAAAGGGUGAAGGGACGGUAGAUGUUGUGGUUGAUUUGUAA